AUGAAGGCAACCGAAAACUGCUCCAACGGAGGGGUGUGUGGUGUUGCCGCUAGUGUAAAGAUUCCUCGUGACGCAUUCGUCAUUGAGUAUGUUGGGGAACUCGUAGAUGAAGCUGAAAAGCGGCGUCAAAACUACCCUGACUACACAAUGCAGAUACGCGAGCCUACAACGGACCACCGAGUAUUUUACAUUGAUGCUACGGCCUGCGACAAUGAAAGCCGAUUCUUUCGUUGUGGGAACGCUACGCGAGUCGGCAUAUUCACCCUCCAGGAUAUUGAGCCACUACAGGAACUGUCGGUCGACUAUCGAGCCGCUGCCAAGAAUAACCAGCUAUGGUUCCGAUGCCGGUGCGGAUCACCGCGCUGUGUCGCGCACUACUUCACCAAAAAGGCUAGGUAUAACUAA